AUGGAUUCAGAUGAUUAUGUCUACGAGGAUGGGAAUUAUAGGGAUAUGGAUUCAGAAGAUGAUGUGUUUGGAGAUGGUGAAUCUCUUGAUUAUAAUGUCAAGAAGUUGCAACCACAGCAGCAGCAGAACUACACCAUAUUGAGCGAGGAAGAUAUACGUCGACACCAAGAAGAAGAUAUUACAACGAUAUCUACUGUGCUUUCAAUAUCAAAAGCUUGGUCAAGUAUUCUUAUGCGCCACUAUAAUUGGAGUACCUGUAAAGUUCACGAAGCAUGGUUUGCAGACGAGGAGAAAGUACGCAAAGCUGUUGGUUUACUAGAGCAACCAAUCGUUGAAAUCCCAGAAAAGGGUAAAGAAAUUACUUGUGGAAUCUGUUUUGAAAUUAAUUCUCUUAAUAAGAUGGCUGCCGCUAUUUGUGGCCAUCUCUUCUGUGUUUCAUGUUGGGCAGGUUAUAUUAGCACAUCAAUUAAUGAUGGCCCAGGAUGUUUGAUGCUUCGAUGUCCUGAUCCAUCGUGCAGUGUUGCUAUCGAUCAAGAUUUCAUCGAUCGAUUCGCUUCCAAUGAAGAAAAGGAGAAGUUUUCGAGUUACUUUCUUAGAUCUUAUAUCGAAACGAAUAGGAAAACUAAAUGGUGUCCUUCUCCAGGCUGUGAAUAUGCUAUAGAGUUUGAGGUUUGUAGUACUGGAAGCUCUGAUGUUACUUGUCGUUGCUCAUAUCGCUUUUGCUGGACUUGUGGUGAGGAAGUUCACAGGCCCUUGGAUUGUGACACUGUGACUAAGUGGAUGUUGAAGAAUAGUUCUGAAGCUGAAAAUAUGAAUUGGCUAUUAGCUAAUUCGAAACAAUGCCCUAAGUGCAAGCGGCAAAUCCAAAAGAGUCAAGGCUGUGUGCAUAUGACAUGCGCACCUCCAUGUGGAUAUGAGUUUUGUUGGUUGUGCCUUGGUCCAUGGUCGGAGCAUGAGUAUAUUGAGGGAACAGGUGAUUACUUUUCAUGUAAUAGUUAUGCAAUAGCAAAGCUUAAGGGAACUUAUGAUGAGGCUGAGAUGAGACGUAAGAUGGCUAAAAAUUCUCUAGACAAAUAUACUCAUUAUUAUGAACGAUGGGUAAGCAACCAGUCGUCAAGGAAAAAGGCUUUGGAAGAUUUACACCAAAUUCAAACUGGGAAGAAGCUUAAGGAACUGAGUCUCAAAGGACUAUCUAAGAUGGAUCUUGAAUUCAUAACGGAGGCAUGGCUAUUGAUAGUUGAAUGCACCCGAGUUCUGAAGUGGACCUAUGCGUAUGGAUAUUAUAUUCCUGAGCAUGAAGAGGGUAAGAGAGAGUUCUUUGAGUACUUACAAGGUGCAGCAGAAUCUGGAUUAGAAAAGCUUCAUCAAUGUGUGGAGAAGGAACUAAAGGGGUACCUCCAGGUUGAUGGUCCAAUUCAAGGCUUCCAUGAAUUCCUCACAAAGCUAGUCGGAUUGACCAAAGUGACGCGGAAUUACUUUAGGAACUUGGUUGAAGCAUUGGAGAAUGGGCUCUCGGAUGUCACUUGCGUUGGAGCAGGAAGAGCAGGAAAAUUGAAGAGCUUGGGAGAUGGUAAGGAUACAGGCAUCUUGGCAUGUCCUAGCAGGAGAUGUUCCGUAUAUCGUCCUCUUUGUGGAGAGCAUCGUACGACUUCAUUGGAUUGUGAAGAAAUCAUGUGGAGUGGCAUUAAUUGCCGGAAUGAGGACGACCAGGAGUGA